UGGGGAACUCAAUAUUACACACGUUUUGCUUUUACUUCAUCGUCCUCGUAGACGCAGACUCGUCCAUGUUUCUCUGAAACGAACCAAACAGACACCGUAGAUCCGAGCGCUCCUCCGUCCUCCCGGGCCACGGCGAUCAUCACCGCCGCUGCGCCACCCAUAUCCACAGCAGAGCCGCUCGCCCUAUAGCUUCACCUCGGCCGCGCGUGGGGCGGCCAUGGAGGACUACCCGGAGGAGCUGCGGACGCCGCCGGUGUCGCUAGUGUCCAUCGUGGGGUGCCCAGAGCUUCACCCCUCGAUCUCGACGGCACUCAGCUCCCAGCAGCCUCCCAUGAACACACUGGCCCUCCCGGACUUCGCCAAGGCCUCUAUUCUGGCCCGCAGCGUUAAGCCCCGCGACCCUCUCGCACCGCCGCAACCCCCCGCGGGAAUCCUCAAGAAGGACUGGCUACUUAAGCACCGCACCCGCGUCCCGGCCGCCGUCGCCGCGCUGUUCCGUGCCGACCAGGUCUCCGGCGACCCCGCCCAGUGGCUCCAGGCCUGCUCCGAUCUCGAAAACCUCAAGUCUGCAAUUCAGGGGAAAAACACUAAAUCAGUGGUGGUCCUUGUGCAGGCUCAAGCUAAUGAUGAGCUGAGUGAGGAUGUAAUUGUUGCCCUGAGAAAACGUGCUGAAAUCGAUUCCAAGCACUUGGUUGUGCUAGUUGAGCACGAUGAAGCAGAAUGGAACAGAUCUCUGAACAAAUUGAAGAAUGUCUUUGUGGAGUUAUGUGCAGCAUUCUAUAAAGAGGAAGGGCGAAGGAUAAAGGCUCGCAUUGAGAAAAAGAACUUUGCUUCUGUUGAGCUGAGCAUCCGGUACUGUUUCAAGGUUGCUAUUUAUGCGGAGUUCAGAAGGGAUUGGCCAGAAGCAUUGAAGUUCUAUGAGGAAGGUGUUCGUGUUUUGCGUGAGAUGAUUGGAACUUCGACAAGGUUGCCUCCAACCCAACGCCUGGUUGAGAUAAAAGCAGUUGCCGAGCAAUUUCACUUUAAGAUAUCAACCUUGCUACUUCAUGCCGGGAAAGUGGUAGAAGCAAUCACAUGGUUCCGUAAGCAUAUCAAAAGCUAUGAACGGGUUGUUGGAACACCAGAAGUUGCUUUUCUUCACUGGGAAUGGUUUAGCAGGCAGUUCCUUGUCUUUGGUGAGCUGAUCGAAACAACAUCCACAACUAUUCCAGAUACACUAUCUCCUCGAUUUGGCACUGCAGACAACACAUUGACUGAGUGGGAAUUUCAGCCAGCAUACUACUAUCAGUUAGCGGCAACUUACUUGAGGGAGAAGAGGUAUGCCAUCGAAUGCUCGUCAUCAAUGGCUAACCUUACAACAGAAGUUAAUGGAGUACCUGAGUCAGUAAUGCCUUCUGUAUAUGUUGGCCAAUAUGUGCGCUUGUUUGAGCAAGGAGAUACAGUUAGUCUACUACCCCUUUCUGAUACUGAAUACACCAGCUAUGCUUUGUCAGAAGCUGAAAGGUUUCAAGAUUCUUAUGAGAUAAUAGCAUUGUUCAGAAAAGCUUAUGAAUCAUUUCAGAGCCUAGGUGCUACAAGAAUGGCUUCUGCCUGUAGCAGUGGAAUGGCCAUAGAAUAUUAUGCAGCUGCUGAUUUUAGCAACGCAAAACAGCUUUUUGAUAGUGUUGCUGGUCUAUACCGUCAAGAGGGUUGGACCAGUUUGCUCUGGGAGAACCUAGGAUACUUGAGAGAGUGCUCAAUGAAACUUAAUUCUCCCAAGGAUUUUAUCAGCUAUUCCCUAGAGAUGGCUGCAUUACCAUUAUUUUCUGGUAGUGGAGAGGAAAAUCGAGAAAACAAAAUUAAGAGUGGGCCUGCAGGUUCCCCUACCAUUUCCAGGAGAGAGAAUAUACAGCAGGAAGUUAUUAAUGUUUUGGAAAGAAAACAGUCAUCAGAAGGAACAUAUGAUGGAUUUAAUAAUGCGAUAGAAGAAGUUACUCACCUUGAUAUUGAUCAGAUAAGUCCGCUAAGAAUGGUGCUUACUGCAUCUGUUGCUUUUCAUGAUCAAUCUGUAAAACCUGGUUCACCUCUGCUUGUCAGCGUGUCACUCUUAUCUCAUCUUCCUUCUCCAGUUGUGGUUGAUCAGUUGGAGGUUCAGUUCAAUCAAUCUGACUGUAACUUUGUGAUGCAUAGUGCACAGGAAGACUCACUCCCUUCAUAUUCAAAUUUGCAUGGCCAAGUUAUUCAAGAUACUUCUUCUCUUACUCUCUUCACCAAUAGAUGGAUGCGGUUGACACAUGAAGUAAAAUCAGGAAAGAGUGGAAAGCUAGAAUGUUUGUCUGUGAAGGCGACAAUAAGCACACCUUGUGAUUUGCUGCCAUGCUGAAAGCCCUGCUUCCAUGGAAGACUUCCCAUUAUGGAAAUUUGAGAACCAAGUGGAGACACUGCCCACAAAGGACACCACUCUUGCCUUCUCUGGACAGAAACUUAUUCAAGUUGACGAGCCAGAUGCUCAAG